AUGCCCCAAGAAACUCUAACCUUUAGACUGAUGCCCCCAGAAACUCCAGACUUUAGACUGAUGCCCCUAGAAACUCCAGACAUUAGACUGAUGCCCUUAGAAACUCCAGACUUUAGACUGAUGCCUCUAGAAACUCCAAACGAUAGACUGAUGCCCCCAGAAACUCCAGACUUUAGAUUGAUGCCCCCAGAAACUGCAGACUUUAGAUUGAUGCCCCCAGAAACUCCAGACUUUAGACUGAUGCCCUUAGAAACUCCAGACAUUAGACUGAUGCCCUUAGAAACUCCAGACUUUAGACUGAUGCCCUUAGAAACUCCAGACUUUAGACUGAUGCCUCUAGAAACUCCAAACGAUAGACUGAUGCCCCCAGAAACUCCAGACUUUAGAUUGAUGCCCCUAGAAACUCCAAACUAUAGACUGAUGCCUCCAGAAACUCUAAACUAUAGACUGAUGCCCCCUGCUCCUACAGCCUUUAGAGUGAUGCCGCUAGAAGCUCCAAACUUUUAG